GAGAGAAGUCGACUAGAGUUGCAAUCAAAUGAAAAUACAUGUAUGGUCGAAUGAAACUUGAUUUUUGCAUGAGUUAUAUUUAGUCGGCGAGGAAGAAUCUAGCUUAAGGUUCGACAAAGUCACAAAGAGGAGCGAAAAAAAUAAUGGGGGCUUGAGUUUCUCCGACCAUGAUUGUAGCAGCCUGAGCCAGCCGUUAGUAAAUAUUAUCCAUUUUGUUCUGUUACAUAUUGUCGUUAGCCUUAUAAAUUUAAAACACGUCUAGUAGGAAGAGUUUUUCGCAUCCUUAUGAAGAAUAUUUGGUUCGUGCGACACAUUGGGUACUAGUUGUAAUUUUAUAUUAUGAUUUAUGAGUGUGAAAGAAGGAAAAGUUGUUUAUGAAAAGUUAGCGGCCUUUUCUGGAGUGAAGCGCCAGGUGCUGCGGCAGCACCCGCCGCCGACUGAGGCGCAUCCAGAUACAAUACCAACCAGCAGCAGCCGGAAACCCCAACAAAUAAAAGGCAACCCCUCACGCCUCUUUCCCUCCGCCAUUGCCACUUUUUCCUCUUUCUCGAUUUCCUUCUCCCUUCUCUCCAGUUCUGUAGGCCAUGUUUAAGAUUCCAGAUCAUCAAGUUGCUGGGCAUCAAGCCAGUAAUGGAAUGAUGGGCCCUGUUGUCGAUGAUUCUGGGCUCUUCUUCAAGCCUCUACAAAAGGAUGAAAGAGGAUCCAAGGAGGUGGCCUUCUAUGAAUCAUUGGCUUCAAAUAUCGAAGUUCCAGAUAAAAUCCGUGCCUACUUCCCUACCUUCCAUGGAACCCAGCUUAUACCUGCAUCAGACGGUUCUGGCUUGCAUCCACAUCUUGUCUUGCAGGACCUCGUAUCCAGUUACAAAAAUCCAUCCAUUAUGGAUAUCAAGAUCGGUUCCAGAACUUGGUAUCCACAGGCUUCUGAGGAGUACAUCCAAAGGUGCUUUAAGAAGGAUAAAGAAACCUCCAGCUUGGCUCUGGGGUUUAGGCUGUCGGGCUUGCAGGUCCAUGUGAGCAAAGAAGCUGGAUACUGGAAGCCAGACAGGAAAUGUUUUCAGAACUCUUCAGCUGAGAUAGUUCAGAAUGUUCUGAAGAAAUUUGCUUCUUCAAACAUUUCUGCAGAUUCGGAUGCGGGUGAUCUUGAUUUUGAUUGUGCUUUUGCACCAUCAGUUUAUGGUGGUUCAAAUGGGAUUUUGGCACAAUUAUUGGAGCUCAAGAGUUGGUUUGAAGAUCAGAAGUUUUACCAUUUCUAUUCUUGCUCAGUGCUGAUGGUGUGGGAUAAAGAACCUAAUGCAGCAGCAGCUAUUAAACUCGUUGAUUUUGCACACGUCGUAGAUAGCAAAGGCGCUAUUGAUCAUAAUUUCCUAGGUGGGCUCUGUUCUUUGAUCAAGUUCAUCUCGGAGAUCUUGACCGAUCAUCACGCCUGCCCGAACAAACCUUGCUCUGAUAGCAAUUCGAACUGCAAUGGCGAUAGCUCUGAUAGGUGAGCAGAGUAUUGAGGUUCGAAACAUUGUGUUUAUGAAGGAUCAUAUCAGUUUUCAAACUGAACUAUGAACCCAUAUGCUUUUAUCUUAUUUGGUUACUGGAUGUUUUUGUGGA